GCUGAUGAGACCGCUGCAGGGCUGCCGAGGCCGGGGCGUCGUCGUGGGGACCGUCACCCUCUGCCUGGCCGCCGGGUGGGCUCUGCAGACUCCUGGAGGAGUAUCAUUAGUUGUCCCACAACCCAACAUCAAUGCAACAGUGGCACAAAACAUCCUCCUCUCAGUUGAAUACUCUUGCCGAGGCGUGGCCACCAUUGAGUGGAAGCAUGUGUCAAGCUGGGGCACCACCAGCAUUGUGGAGUGGAGAAGUGGGAAUUAUGUCAACAUAUCCACAGUCUACAAGGACAGAGUGACUACUUUUGAAAAUGGCUCUAUACAGCUUCAGAACGUGGGCAUGAGAGAUGCUGGCUACUAUUUUGUCACUGUAAUGGAGGAGCAUGGAACCAAUGCCUAUGGCACCAUUGUAGUCAAUGUUUACGAGAUUAUCUAUGAAGAUUUGCAUUUUGUAGCAGUUCUCUUUGCAUUUCUCGCUGCAGUAUCUGCCAUUCUAAUCUGCUUCAUGUGGCUGUGUAAUAAAUCUUUGCAUCUAUUUCAAAAGAAGACAACACACAAACUAACAGCAAGUACAACAGAAGAGAUUGAACUGGAAACCAUUGAGUGUUAGCCAAGGAUUGUAUCAUAAUAAAAAUAACAAUUCUACCUCAGGAGAAAGUAUUGUCCAAGAAAGCAAGAACAAACCUAGAAGGUAAAAUGUUUGUGACUACUGCAGAAACAUCCUGACUUGCAAAGUAAUUAAAUCAGCAGUGUCUGAUGGAGCUGUUUUGACCUGUUAAGUUUUUGGUUCUGCUAGUCAAGGUCAGAGUAAAAAAGAGUAUGCUUUCAUGCUGAGCAUGAACACAUUUUUGUGGUUAGCUAAUAAAAUCUACAGCCUCUACCACUCUUAAAAUCAACCAACCUACCAACCAAGUCUCUAAGAUCAACCCAUAAAGGAAAUUAUCAUGGUCUUGAAGGACACCUGCAUUUUGGUUACAGCAAGUCUCCUAUUACAGACAGAGUGGUCAUUAGCAUCCAUCAACAUAAUAAAUUAAAUAUCUAAUUACAGUAUUACAUUAAAAAAUUAAUUGCAAGCAUCGAAUCCUGUUUAUUGCACCUAUGCUGCUACUUUUGGGUGUAAGCAAUUUCCUGAAGCUCUGAAGACAAACAGCAAUUUUUCAUGAGACAAAACUAACUUUGAAAGAACGCCGAGCUGGUCAAAGUUCUCCCGCUUGUGUUUCUAAUUGUUUACACUGCCCCAAGAUGGACGUUAACACACAUUUGAUGACAUUGCUAGAGCAGGUGGUUGUACAAGGAACAGUGCAGUCAGGCACUAAAGUGGACACUGUCUAUAAAGAUUAGAGAGGUCAGAUAAAAUACUGACACACAACACCAGUGGGGUGGCAAAGUACUAAACAGUUUUGUUGUGAAAGAUGUCAAGUCCUUUGCAAACUUAGUCCUGUGAUGAACAAUCUAUCUGAGAAGUUAAAACAGCAUUACUUCGAAAUACAGUAUUUACAAAUACAGUUUAAAAUUGCUCUUGUUGAGAAGCCACCUUUGCUUUCCCUAUGCUGUAAGAAAACAUUAAAUGACCCAACUAAUGUUUUCUUGAAUCUGCAUAUUGCACGUAUUGCAAUUCUCCACCUGUAGAUCUGUUGCGUGGACUAACAUUUGUGUUUGUCAGUGAGAGAGCAGUUAACUGACCGAGUUCCAAAUUAUUCUGUUUUGCUUUUCUAAUGAGAAUUUUGCAGUGUGAAAUAAACUUUGAACUUGGAAGACACCAUGGACUAGUCUGUGCCUGUAGAUUGCCACAUGGUUGUUUGAGUCAAACUGCUGCUACCUCCUUUCUCACACUUAUCUCACUUGCUUGCAAAAACCUUUUACAGGACAGGCUGACAGAGCUUUCCCUCUGGUCA